AUGUCAACGAAUCAACCUGAAAAAUCUGCCGACAUCGAGGAAGCAGAACAUUCGCAGAACUUAUUGCCCUUUAAAACAAAAGCUACUGCAAUGAUAAAGCAGCUAGAGAAUUUGAACCAAACUUUAACCCCAUCUCAGCUAAAGGAGUAUGAUGACGCGGAGCUGUCCGUUCGCUUGAGCUACAUCGAGGAGGUUAAUAAAAGCUAUGAAAUGGCACAAAGUAUCAUCGAAGAAAAUGAAAUCAGCGAGUUGGAUGGUACUGAUCGCAUGUGUUUCGUCUCGUUGUACCUUGAUGUUAAAUCUAAGUUAACUCGCCAACUCAAUGCCACUCGUAAGUUUGAUUCAAACCCGCGUAGUUCAACAUUGCGCCAAUUUUCGCUCGAUGAGUCGCCAUAUUCUCAAACAUCGCUUCGUAAAACAAAAGUUCCCGAAAUUCAAUUACCAAAAUUCGUUGGUGCUUAUUCGGAAUGGCCAAAUUUCUUUUCGUUAUUCAAGACCAGUCAUGAAAUUCUCAAUUUGGAACCUUAUACACAGUACAAGGUUACCGUACAGGUUUUCAAUCCCGAGGGAUUGGGUCCUGAAACUACCAUUUUGGUAAUGACAGAUGAAGGCGUUACCCACAGAAGAGUGGCUAUUGGACUAAGCGUUGAUUUAGUGUUAAGUGAAUAA